UCUUCUUCUUCUUCUUCUUCACGUCCAGCUAAAUCAAAUCCGAGAGAUGGCUUUCAACAACUCGUACAUGUCUGUGAUCGGGGUGGUCCUUCUCUUGACCACCACAAUUGGCCAAGCGGAGGCACAACCGGUGGCAUCCCGUUCAAAGAAGCAGCUGCAUGCACCUUUGUUUAUCUUUGGAGAUUCACUGUACGAUGCUGGCAACAACAACUAUCUCAACACCACGAAGCCUAACCAAGCAAGUUUAUGGCCUUAUGGAGAGACAUAUUUCAAGCACCCAACAGGACGAUAUUCCAAUGGCCGUGUGAUACCUGAUUUUAUUGCUCAAUUUGCAGGAAUGCCGUUGAUUCCUCCAUUCUUACAACCAGGGCUUCAUGAGUACCACUAUGGAGUCAAUUUCGCUUCUGCCGGAUCGGGUGCUCAUGUCGACACACACCCCGGCAAGGUGAUAGAUCUUCACGCACAGCUAAGAAACUAUAAAAAAGUGGAGACUUGGUUCAGAGAUGAAUUCGGUAACGUGGAAGCUCAAAAAAGGUUAUCACGAGCUGUUCACUUGUUCAGCGUGGGAUUGAACGAUUACUAUGCGACCAUUUCAGAAAACAUCAGUUCUAACUAUGUAGACAUUGUCAUUGGAAACAUAACAACAGUAAUCAAGGAAAUAUAUAAAAGUGGAGGUAGAAAGUUCGUUUUUCUUACCUUGUUGGACUUGAGGUUUCUACCACAGUCACGGCUGGCGGUAUCUCAAGGGAAAGGUAGAGACUUUGAAGAAGCUGCGUCUCUUCAAAAACAGCAUAACAAACACCUCCUCAAGGUGAUUGUUGAGCUAGAGAAGAAUCUGGAAAAUUUCAAGUAUCUAAUAUAUGAUUUCAACCAGAGUUUUCUAAUGAGAGUACAGAAUCCCACCCAUUAUGGUUUUCUAGAAGAGAAGGCAGCCUGUUGCGGAUUCGGAAAGUUCAGGGGAGAUUUCACGUGUGGAGUAUUAGGAAGGUUUGAAUUAUGCAAAAAACCAAAUGAGUAUUUAUUUUGGGACCUGGCACAUCCAACUCAAAAGGUGGACAAGCAGAUGGCGUAUGAGAUGUGGAGAGGGGGUGCUCAUCAAAUUGGACGUUAUAGUUUGAAACAACUCUUCCAAUUGGGUUAAUGGUUCUGCUAUGUAUGAAAAUAAAAUUUCAAAGAACGAGUUGUAGCUGUAGCUGUAGCUGUUCAUUGAAAAUGCUUGCAACAUGUUACUGAUUUAUGCUGUUCAGACAUCGAAUGUGCUCAGUUAUUACUAUUAUUGACUUUAGCUAUUACAUUAUGUGUGAUCAGUUGGUGCUUGAGGCAUUUUAACAAACACCUGUUA